GGCGAUGUUAACUGACAGUAGAAGACAGAUCAAGUAGGAGUAUUUGGACCAAUACGACAAUGACACGUAUCCGAUCUCAAAACCAUUACUAUAUUGCAAUGCACUUCACUCACACACACACACACCAACCUCUUCUUCUCUUCUCUUCUCUUAUAACCCACGCUUCUCUCCAUCAUUCCCUUCUUCAAAUGCUUCAAUUUAUGGUAGUUGAGAAUCUGUGGAAUUGAUUAUGGAUUCAAAGAUGCAGGGCUUGUUGUUUUUUUGUUCCUUUGUGUUCUUUAGCUCUAUCAGAGAUGGAUAUGCAGGAUUCACUAGUUCUUUUGUUAGGUCUGAGUUUCCAUCUGUUGAUAUCCCACUUGAUAAUCAAGUAUUUGCAGUUCCAAAGGGUCAUAAUGCACCUCAACAAGUGCAUAUCACACAAGGUGAUUAUGAGGGAAGAGCAGUAAUCAUCUCAUGGGUGACCCCAGAUGAACCAGGAUCCAACCAUGUACAUUUUGGCACAUCAGAGGAUAAAUAUCAAUCUAGUGCAGAAGGCACAGUUUCCAAUUACACUUUCGGCGAAUACAAAUCUGGUUAUAUUCAUCAUUGUCUUGUUGAAGGCCUUGAGCAUAAUACUAAAUACUACUACAAAAUUGGAAGUGGUGAUUCUUCUCGAGAAUUUUGGUUUGAAACACCUCCUAAAGUUGAAGCAGAUGCCCCUUACAAAUUUGGGAUCAUUGGUGAUUUGGGACAAACAUUUAAUUCUCUUUCCACUCUUGAGCACUAUAUAGAGAGUAAAGCACAGACUGUUCUAUUUGUUGGAGAUCUGUCUUACGCUGAUAGGUACAUGUACACUGAUGUUGGUGUACGGUGGGAUACAUGGGCCCGAUUUGUUGAAAAGAGUACAGCAUAUCAGCCAUGGAUAUGGUCUGCAGGAAAUCAUGAAAUAGAGUACUUUCCCUACAUGGGAGAAGUUGUUCCGUUCAAUAACUAUCUUCGACGCUAUACUACUCCUUAUUUGGCGUCCAAUAGCAGCAGCCCUCUUUGGUAUGCAAUCAGGCGUGCAUCUGCUCAUAUAAUUGUACUAUCCAGCUAUUCGCCAUACGUAAAGUACACACCACAAUAUAAAUGGCUCAGUGAAGAGUUGACGCGGGUUGAUAGGGAGAAGACACCUUGGCUCAUUGUUCUCAUGCACGUGCCGCUCUACAACUCUAAUGAAGCUCACUAUAUGGAAGGUGAAAGCAUGCGAGUGGUUUUCGAGAGCUGGUUCAUCAAGUACAAGGUUGACGUGAUCUUUGCUGGCCAUGUUCAUGCUUAUGAAAGAUCGUAUCGAUUCUCCAAUGUAGAUUACAACAUAACAGGUGGAAACCGGUACCCCGUAGCCGACAAAUCAGCACCUGUGUACAUAACUGUCGGAGAUGGAGGAAAUCAAGAAGGUCUUGCUUCUAGGUUUAUGGAUCCUCAGCCAGAAUACUCUGCAUUUCGUGAAGCAAGCUAUGGACACUCUACACUGGAGAUUAAAAAUAGAACCCAUGCAGUCUACCACUGGAACCGCAAUGAUGAGGGCAAGAAAGUGACAACUGACUCAUUUGUAUUGCAUAACCAGUAUUGGGGAAACAAUAGGAGAAGAAGAAAACUGAAGCAUUUUAUAUUGUCAGUUAUUGAUGAAGUUGUCAGCAUUUAAUAGGAAUUUGAACCAAUCUCGUAUUUGAUGUUGUUCAAGAAUAAAAAUGUGCCUCCUGAUCGAAAUAUGCUGCUCAAUAGUCUCCGAGUGAGUGAAAUGAUGGUUGUCAGAAAUGGUUCUAUGUACUUGGCUUGUAGUAUCUAUGUUUCCUUCGGUGCUAGUAAUGAAUGUUGAACAUAUACGGUUGUAGUCGGAGCAAAAUGUUUCAGACCAAGGUAUUCAUUAUUAUUAAGGAUAAUUGGUGGUCAA